CCACGAGACUUCUAUAAAAUAUUUGCUCAACAUUUACAUUGUUUGGGCCUUAUAGUUUGGGCCCGAGCGUCGCGAGGAAAUGGAUAUUUCACGGGGCUAUGUAUGGCAGCUAUGCAGCGUGAUUUUGCUGUACGUGCUAGCCUUUUCUGGUGCGACUUUCGUGAUGAGCGUACUGACGUGUGUAUUCAUUUACGAGUAUUUCGCUCACCCCGUUUUUAUCUUUGCUAUUUACUCGGCUUGGUUACUAUGGGACUGGAAGACACCAUCAGAAGGGGGGCGAUCGCCUCGCUUUUGCUUCCUAAGGCACUCGUCUCUUUUCGAUUUUAUUCGGGGGUAUUACCCGAUCAGUCUUGUGAAGACUUCUGAGCUUCAACACGAUAGAAAUUACAUAUUUGUUUAUUUUCCUCAUGGUAUGAUAGCGGAAGCGGCUAUUGUGGCUCUAGGGUCGAAUGCUGCGGGAAUGUCUCGUUUAUUCCUUGGAAUAAAUACACGAAUCGCCGUGCACUCCUUGAUUUUCAUGGCUCCCGUUUUCCGUGAGAUUGCCUUAGCUGCUGGCUUCAUAAGUGUUGCACGUGUAAGCUGCCGUUAUGCCCUAUCUAAUGGGAACCCUGGCCAAUCAGUUGUCAUUUGUGUGGGAGGGUCAACUGAAGUCCUUUACACAGCGAGUAACACCGACUAUCACCUGGUCCUUGCGGAUCGCAAAGGGUUCUGCCAGCUGGCACUACAAUCCGGGGCAUCACUUGUGCCGGUAUUUGGGUUUGGGCAGAACAAUCUGUUUCACCAGCCAAAGAACAUGCUCCCACCAAAGGGAGUGUCAUGCGUUUACAAGUGGAUAGCACUGAUAAAAAAGUACUCAACACUUGCAUUUUGGGAUAGGCAAACCAUGGGAAUUAUACCACGAAGAAUACCUAUCAAUGUUGUAGUUGGAAAAGCAAUUCAUGUCUCAAGGAAUUCAUCGCCUACAACUGAAGACAUAGAUAGUUUACAUUCUCAAUUUGUGGCCAAGUUGUUGGAUUUAUACAAGAGUAAUAGGGAUCUGUAUGGUGAUAGUAAACAUGAAAUAGUUAUAGCUUGAAUUCCUUUUUUAAAAGCAAAAGAAUAGUUUCAAGUGAUGUUUGGAAGGCUAUGAUAUAUCCAUACCUUAAAAUUGAAAAUGAUGACAAUUAAUUAUGUCAUUUUUAAUCACUCUAAAGAUUUUCUAAUACUAUAUGUUGUGCUCUAGUACAAAAGAGGUUGUUAAUUUAAAUUCAUGCAUUUCUAAUAUACUUCAGUAUAUGUACAUGUCAGAUUAUAUCUAGCAUAAAAACUAAUAUGCAAUAAUUUGAUUUACUCAAGAACCAUUUAAAAGUGCCAAUACUUC